UGACCUUUAAAUCUUCACCUUUUUUAAUUUUCCUCCGUCUUCUGGACCUUCUCUUCUUCUUUACCUUCUGCUUUUAACAACUUUCAUGGCGGAUUUACCUAAAAGCUCUUCUAGCUUGGAGUUGACGAUAUCAGUCCACGGCUUCUCUUCUUCUCCUUCUCAUCCUAACUCCUCCGGUGAUCAAGGAGUGUAUGGAAUGAAAGGUUUAGACAUAAACCAAGUGCCGUCAGGCGGAGGCGGAGAAGAGGACUGGAACACGGCGGCGGCCUGCAUGGAAGACGAAGAAGAAAGCAGCAAUGGAUGUCCUCCGAGGAAGAAGCUUCGUCUCUCCAAAGAACAAUCUCGCCUUCUUGAAGAAAGUUUCAGGCUAAACCAUACAUUAAACCCCAAACAGAAGGUGGCAUUGGCUAUGGAGUUGAAGCUGAGGCCAAGGCAAGUUGAGGUGUGGUUUCAAAACCGGAGGGCCAGGAGCAAGCUGAAGCAAACAGAAAUGGAAUGCGAAUACUUGAAGAGAUGGUUCACUUCAUUAACUGAACAGAACAGGAGGCUACAUAGAGAAGUGGAGGAGCUCCGGGCGAUGAAGGUGGCCCCGCCGACAGUGAUAUCACCGCACAGUUGCCAGCCACUUCUGGCAUCCACUCUCACAAUGUGUCCACGGUGUGAACGCGUGACAACAUCAGUUAUCGACAAAGACCCCCCCAAAACAAACGGUGCCGUCUCCAUCACCGCCACCAUGUCCCCAAAACUGGGGACGGCCGCCCUCCAGUCACGGUAGAAGAAAGAAAUCAAUAAGAAGAAAGUGAUUAGAGAAUGUUAAUAGUAGUUUAAUUGUUAAUUAAUUAAAUUACUUACAAGAUUAAUGUGAAAAUGCAAUUGUUCAUGUAUGCAAUGCAUGAAUAGAAUAUCUUGAAAAUAGAUAUUUAAAAUAUAAUAUGCUGUCUAGUUCCAC